AAUUUUACAUUUGGAUGCUUGUAAUGCAGACAAACUCCUUCAAUAAUGACAAGAUAAGAAAUAAAAAUAAAGCAAUAACAUUUAAUAUACCACUAACUCUAGUAUACCACUUUUUAUAAAUAAUGCAUACAAUUCACUUUUAAAAGCUCUUCAUUUUUCCAUAAUAAAAGCUCAGCUACCAUUAGUUUCUCUAUCUCACUUAGUAAGAAAUCUAAAUAUCACUAAAAGGCUAACAAAAUGGCUUCAACACUCUUAGCAUGUGACACUUUAGAUGAUGAUUACAUUGACAUGGAAGUUAGUUCAUACUCAAACUUCUUCAAUCAUUCUCAAAACUCUCCUAGUGAAUUUGAGUUCCAAAUGUCUUCCAUUGUUCAAGAGAAAGGAACAACAACUUCUCCGGCCGAUGAGCUUUUCUACAAAGGAAAACUCCUUCCUCUUCACCUUCCACCUCGGUUACAAAUGGUCGAAAAACUCCUUCAAAAUCCUCAUUCUACUUUUGAUGAAAAAAAAGAUAUCUUUGAAGAGUUCUAUAGCACUCCAUUAGGCACUACUACUUUUACAACACCAAUCACUGGAACACCAUUUGAGUCCUGCAAUAUUUCACCAAAUGAUUCUUGUCAAGUUAGUCGAGAACUAAACCCCGAAGAGUAUUAUAGCCUCGACUACACAACCGAUAGAACUGGAUUCGUUGUCGAAAACCAUAAGAAAUCAUGGACCAAGAAGCUUAAACAUUCUUCUCUUGGUUCAAAGUUGAAGGCUUCAAGAGCUUAUCUUAAGUCUUGGUUUGGAAAAUCUGGUUGUUCUUAUGAAACCUAUGCAACAUCAACAAAAGUUGCUGAUGAAGGUUCUGUUUCAAAAGCCAGAGAAAUUUUAAGUAACAAAAUGCAACAAGGGUCAAAGAAGUAUCCUUAUGAUCAAAUUCAAAUGCAUAAUAAUAGAUAUCAGUCUUCAAUUUCUGUCAUGAGAGGAUACAAAGAAAAAAACAGUGAAGAUCAUGACAGUAACAAUCAUCACAGAAGAUCAUUUUCUGUUGGAAUCAAAUUUCUUUCAGGAAACAAAUCAUCAUCAUCAUCAAAUUCAUCACUUUUUGGUUCAUCAUCAUUUUCAGUUUCAAACAAAUCAUAUGGAUGUCAAGGUCAGAAGCAGCUUCUGAAAAGGUGCAGCAGUGCAAGUUCUGAGAUAGAAAAUUCAAUUCAAGGAGCAAUUGCACACUGCAAGAAGUCUCAACAAAUGAUUAAUAAUCAAAGUAGCUUGUGAGGUUCAAGAAAGAUUAGAGCUUUCGAAAUAGGGAAUUGAAAAGUAGCUUUGCUUGUGUUGUAUUUUUCAUACAUUGUCUUUCCAAUUAGAAAGUAACUUUGAUGAAAGAUAUAAACCUACAAUUCACUAGUAUCAAAUAUUCAAAUUGAUUGCUUAUCUUAUAAUUAUAAUUCAGAUGUCUUUUAUUUCCUCUCUAAAAGUUCAUAUCUAUCUCAUUAGCAUCUCUUCAUCACAUAAAAAUAACUCUAAUCCUUUAUUAGCCUAUAAAUCUAUGAUAUAAAGAUAAAGAAAGAUAGAAAAAUAAUUUGUGACCAUUAGACUGUAUUGCAGCCUAAUGCCUCUUAGUCCGGCCGUUGCAAUCAUUAUGUUGACAUUGCAAUGCAGAUUUUUCAUUGAUUUAAAAUCAUAAUGUAAUUGCAAGUUGAUGCAGUCCACAAUUUAAAACAC